AAAAGGCUUAACUUCGUUGCAUCGCUUUGAAGAUGUAAAAGCGUUUAUCAGGAAAUAUCUUGAUGGAAAUAUACUAUGCUACAACAUGUGAUAGUCAGCUGACAAUUUGAUAAAUAUAAAUGUCAACGACGAGUAUAUAAAGAAAGACAAAUGAUUUUGGCGACUAUUAUUUCUAUCUGAACGCACUAUUUAUAAGAAGAGAAUAUGGCUAAUAUAGCUAAUACGACUGUACAGAUAAAAAGGUGUCCUGAAACAAAAACUGGUGCCAAUGUCAACAAAAAUAAUGGCAUCUACAAAUUGCUGUCAUUCGAAGAGGUGAAAGAAGUGGUGAGACGCGUACUGGACAAUGACGUCGAUCUGAUGGAAUACACUAUUCGAUCAUAUUCCGAAGGUAAGCUCGGAUAUCUCGGCUCUCAUUAUCGCCUUGACGUAAAAGCUGCGAAAAAAAACGAAACCGUCUCUCUCUCGCUCUUUCUCAAAUCCGUGCCUUACGAAGUCCCCGAUCAAGCCGACUACGUGAUAAAAAAGGGUGUCUUCAAGCAAGAGACGAAAUUUUACAGCCACAUAAUACCGCUACUCCGUGAAGGAUAUCACGGGGAGCCAUGGGCGCCGAUGUGCUACAAAGUGAAGGAUAAUUUGAUGGUCCUCGAGGAAUUGAGCGGCAAGGGUUACUCAAUACGGGACAAGCUUUUCGACGAGACACUCGUACGCGCCGGCUUGAGCGCUCUCGCGCGAAUGCACGCCGCUUCCCUGCUGGCGGAAGAGCGUCUCGGCGUGCCUUUAAACCGAUUGUAUCCCGAAGCUUUUGUGGAGAGAGCUUUCAGUCACGACGGAAUGACACGAUUGUGGUUCGAGGCGGGCGUCGACGUGGCCGCGACCGUGGCCGGACGUUUAGGAUACGAUUCUGAUCUGGUGCGAUCGGCUUGCGAAGAAGUUUAUCACGCGAUGAAGCCAUCGUGCACGAAGAUAAACGUGGUCAGUCACGGAGAUCUCUGGGGCAACAAUUUUAUGUUCAAUGAGGAUGUGCCGCCUAAAUGCUUACUGGUGGAUUUCCAGCUAUUGAGAUACUCUCCCUUGGCGCACGACGUGGCUCAAUUUUUGUAUCUCUGUACAGACCGAAGUUUCAGAGAGACGCGGGAGAACGCGAUGUUGCGGUAUUAUUACGAGACGCUGUGCGACACUCUGAAUGCUCACGCGAAAAUUCGCACGCGAAGAUCCUUGUGGUCGGAAGUGGUCGAGGGCAUGGAGGAGCAACGUCUAGCCGCUGUCAUCACCGCGAGCAUCUACUUCCCUACGAUUCUGAUGGACGAAAACCUUAGCGCGCAAGUUAUGAAGGAUUCGGCAAGUUAUGCCAAUUACUAUUUCUGGAACAGGAAAGAGUUCGUUCUCUCGAAUAUGGAGAAAGAUAAAGUCUACGGGAGAAGAAUUAGCGAAACUAUCGUCGAACUAGUCGAACUUGCGUCGCGCUUAGACCAAUUAAUAAAGCCGUCUUAAAGUCUUAGAUACGUAAUAUAAUUUAUUCACACGCGUGUGAAGCUUUUAUCGACGUCAAAGUAGCCUGUACAUAGAUUUCGUUUAGAGAAUACAUAGUUGUUGAAUUAAUAAUUGUAUGAUCUUACCGUUGCAGUUUGUACGGCAACUUUUGUACGAUUUA